AUUUAAAUGAUGCAGGUUCAUCAGAUUGUUUAGUGAAGGAUACCAUGAAGAGCCUGUUCUGCAAUCAGCCUAUGGUGUACCUAUGGAAAAGUUGGCUACAUAUGAUGCAACCUUUCCUUCUUCAGAAAUAGGAGUUCCAAUAAAAUCAAUGAGAGAUGAUAUUCCAACUCACUACACAUUUAAAAUUUUAUCAUUUUCAAAACUUUGCAAGCUUCAUGAAAGUAGAUGCGACUCCAAGGUUUUCAGUGCUGGUGGCUAUAAAUGGAAAAUGUCUGUCUCUCUGAACAAAAACAAGCAGCAGAAAGUACAUUAUCUAUCUCUCUACUUGGGCAUCGAAGAAACUGAAUCCCUCCAGCCUGGUUGGGAGAUUGAGGCUGUUUUUCGUUUAUUUGUAUUUGACCAAGUUCGAGGCCAGUAUUGGAUGCUUCAAGAAACCAAUGCAAAGUUUCAUGCACCGAAUACCGAAUGGCGAGUUGAUGAGUUCAUGUCAUUGAAAACCUUCAGUGACCCAUCUUGUGGAUUUCUUGUUAAAGAUUCCUGCGUCUUUCUGUUUUCGUUUGUAGGGAGAGAUGUUUGGGCAAAGGUGACUGCUUGGAGAUGAUAACAGAAGGGGUUACUACUGAAUAUAGUUGGAAGAUAGAAAAUUUUUCACAGAAAAAAAAAUGCUGUAUAUCUGAGGCAUUUGGUUCUGGAUAUAACAGAUGGACUCUCCAUCUCUUUCCAGGAGGAUAUUUAGGUGGUCUGGGAAACUAUAUUUCUCUUUAUCUGGUAUCGGCUGAAUCAAGCCCCAUGCCUCCUAGCCAAGGA